AUGGAGCGAAGAUUCAUGAAAUCGCAUCGCACAACUAUACCAACUAGUUUUAAAAUCCCCGAGCCUUACGAGUUUUACAACAAAGCAACUCCCUUCGUACAACGGACACUAUUAUUUGUUGCCGAUGAAAAUUCAGGACCAAAACCCAGCUCUAGUGCUCCAGAAAACUUAGAAAGCGUUCAAAAUGCCUCUGAAGAACCGAAUACAUCGAAAUCAAGCGAAACCCAAGAAAAAUCUCCUAAAAAGAGUUCAUUUUUCUUUUCCCCCUCGAAAAGUUGUAAGAUUCACGGUCGUAGCUUUUUCCGACUUCAGACGAGCCCUAAGAAAAAGGCCGAAAGUGAUGUGGCUUCAGAAAACAAAGCAGGGGCUCCGGGGAGUUUGAUAAGCUAUGCCCCUGGCUGGUCCCUCAAGGGUGAACAUCUUAUGAAAUGGCAAGCCUCUGGGAAGACAACUAUUGAGGUAGGAGUUUCUUUAAGCUUUACUGGAAUAAAUUACUGUAGAAUCGUAUAUCUACAAGCAGUC